CUAACGUCUGACACUGACGCAUAAGAACUGAGUGACACAAUAUCAUCAAACAAUCCAUCAAAAUGUUACUCCGAACUUCUUGAAGUAAAAUGAGAUUAUUUUCGAAAUUUUCUGUAUUACAUUCAGUGCUUCACAGAAAUAUCAGGAAUACCAAAUAUCUGAUAGCCUCAUCACAUAUCAACCGACAAUAUGGCACAAUUGAAAAAAAUAUCAGUACAGGAGAAAAACGGGAAGUAUUUCUCCCGUCACAAAAUAAAACUUCAAGAAUUGCUGACAAAGUUGCCCUGGUAGCUGGAGGAUCUGGGGAAAUUGGACUAAUGUGUGUCAGAAAUCUACUUUCUUCUGGAGCAAAAGCCAUCAUGAUUGCAGAUACCGACGAGGAAGAAGGUAGAAACCUCAUCUGUGAGUUGAGUAAGGAGUAUGGAGGAGACAAAACAGCUUUCAUUAAGACUGAUCUGGCAAAUAUCAAGUUGUUACGGAAUGCGUUCAACUGGACAAAGAAACACUUCAAGAGAAUCGAUAUUGUCGUCAAUAUCGCCAAGCCUGUUCAUCAGGAUUCUUGGCAGGACCAAUUAGAAAAAAAUGUGGAAGGCAUUGUCAGAGGCACCCUGCUGGGCAUCGAGUACAUGGGCCGCCACCACGGCGCCGACGGUGGCUGCGUCUUCAACCUGGUGGCGUCCCCGCCGACGGACGACGCCGACGCCUGUCCCGUCUUCGUCGGAGCGCGCCACUUCGUCAUCGGCUUCGGUCGGGCGAUGUCGCUUCGGUGCGCAGAUGACACCGGGGUCAAGGUCGUCACGCUUUGCGCCGACGAGGGUGGUGGCGGCGGGUCGGAGGGACGAAACAGGAAAGAUACGACAGCAUGCGAUUUUUCCAAUCUUGUUCUAUUGGCAAAAAAUGGAUCUGUUUGGACUACAUGAAUUCCAUCAAUAUAUAUAUUUCUGUGGUUUCUGAGGACGUUAUUCUGAAUAAAGUUGUAUGACUCUUGUAUCAGUUCAAAAAAAUAAAUGUUUCCUACUCUGAUUUUCAUGUGUGCACCAGUCUACCUGUCAUUAGUAAAUAAAGAU